AUGCAAUCCAUUGUAACCUUCAUGUUCCAUAUAAACCAUCAAAUAUUCCAGUAUAUUGGUGUUCUAAUCUAAAACAAAUGUUACUCGCAUCAAUAUUAAGCGAAUUGUGGAUGUAUAUAUUAUUAAAACUAAGAAGAAUUGGUGCACACGUCUUUACUGAUUUGCAGAUACAUGUUGCUAUGUGCUUGGUCGUUGAUAGUGAUACUGU